UCCUGCUGCCAUGUUGGAUUGAAGGAUCGUUAUUGCUUUAGGAGUUCGGAAUGAAAGUUUAUAUUAUGCAGUCUGUCAAAAGUGAGCGAAUUAAAGAAUAAAUAACCCACAGGAGUACGCGAGUCGCGUCCGCACCCCCAGCGCAUUGAGGACCACACUGCGUCGGCUCUGCUUGCGUGCGGAAUUCCUUACGGGAUGAACGGAGCGCAGGCCAUGUUGAUCUGUGAUUGCACAUGAAAUAAUCUAAUACGAGACAAACGCUCAAGUUCAUCCGCCUCAUCCGUCGACAUGAGCGGCCACCCGCCCCAGAGGAGGGUGGCAAACGUGGGCUCUAUGCUUCUGACCCCGCAGGAGAACGAGUGUCUGUUCAACUACCUGGGCAGGAAAUGCAUCACAUUGUGCUCAGCGGUGGUCCAGGUGUACGGAGCGGACAGGGGCUCGUCCUGGAUCAAGAGGUGCUGUGGUGUGGCCUGUUUGGUGAAAGACAACCCUCAGAGGUCUUAUUUUAUCCGUGUCUUCGAUAUCAAGGACGGAAAAACAAGAUUUGAGCAGGAGCUUUAUAAUAAUUUCGCCAUCAGUAGUUCGAGAGCCUACUUCGUUACUUUCUCCGGAGAUUCUUGUCAGAUGGGCCUCAACUUUGCCAGUGAAGAGGAAGCCAAACGAUUUCGGAGCGCACUCAACGAACUGCUCAACAGACGACAGAGGAAAACUGAGAAAAGGCGUGACCCACCAAAUGGACCCACUCUCCCGAUGGCGACGGUGGACAUCAAGAACCCCGAGAUAAACAACAAGCUUAACGUGUCCCACAUGAAUAACAUGGUGCACAGUGGCCUUAACAAGAAGGAGAAGAAGGUCAAGGGCAAGAGGAAGAAGCUGACAAAAGCUGACAUUGGGACACCGAGCAACUUCCAGCACAUUGGUCAUGUAGGAUGGGAUCCAAACACAGGCUUCGAUUUGAAUAAUUUAGACCCUGAGCUGAAGAACCUGUUUGACAUGUGUGGCAUCUCCGAGGCCCAGCUCAAAGACAAGGAGACGUCGAAGGUCAUCUACGACUUCAUUGAGAAGAAGGGCGGCGUAGAGGCUGUGAAGAAUGAGCUGAGGAGACAAGGUGAGACUGAUCGCCGUCGUAUUCACUCCACCCCGCCUCCACCCUCCCGGGCGGCCCACCACCCCACCCCUCCACACACUUCUGGACCCCCACCUCCACCACCCCCAGCGGGACGAGGAGCUCCACCCCCUCCACCUUCAAGGGCCCCCACGAGCGCUCCCCCUCCGCCGCCUCCAUCCCGGCCCAGCAUGGGAGCGCCUCCUCCACCACCUCCCAGCAGAGGGCAUCCCUCCUCUCCUCCGCCUGCCCCUGCCUCCAUGCCCCCCCCUCCACCACCACCUCCGUCCGGAGGAGCCGCCCCGCCUCCACCUCCUCCUCCGCCGCCUCCUCCCGGACCACCUCCACCCCCUGAGAUGGAUGGAGGCCCUGGUGAAUCAACGCCCUCGCCCAUGGGCGGGAAGUCGGCUCUGCUGGAGCAAAUCAGGGAGGGCACUCAGUUAAAGAAAGUGGAGCAAAACAACAGGCCAGUGUCGUCCACAGGACGUGACGCACUACUCGACCAGAUCCGACAGGGCAUCCAGCUCAAAACGGUAUCAGAUAAUGACUCAGGACCACCCACCCCUGCUCAGUCAGCAGGCAUUGUUGGAGCUCUGAUGGAGGUGAUGCAAAAGAGGAGCAAAGCCAUCCACUCCUCAGAUGAAGAUGAGGAUGACGAUGAUGAUGAAGACUUUGAGGAUGAUGACGAAUGGGAUGAUUAAUCCCGCAACACUAACCCCACCCAAUAGAGUAAAUGAUACUAAAUUCUCACUUCCCCAAAUUUUACGCUCAUUCUGUGUUUUGUUUUUUGUUUUUGUUUUUUCAAAUCGCUGUAUAUUUUUGUUGCCUUUUUUUUUUUUUUUUUUUUUUUUUUUUUUUUUUUUUUAAUAAUCUGUGCAAUACCUCAUGUAAUCUGUAAAGUAUUGUCAUUUAUCCUCUGUAAAAUAAUCUCCUGGAAUAACCAUGUGAAGUUUUAUGCCAGGAUUCAUAAUUUGUUGACCUGAAUGUUUUUGUUUCCCCUGCGAGUGGGGAAAGGGAGAUGGACGGGACGCUCGAUGUCCUUAUUAAUUGUUGAUUAAUGAUUUAGAUAACACUAUUUUCAUACCCUACUUUUCUGUACCUUCGAUUUUCUUAUUCAAAUCCUAGUUUAGCAUUCUUAGAUUUGGUAAGAGGUUCUCCUAUCGGAAUAUGUAUGUCCCCUGUAUUGUUUCCCCUUGUAAAUGUACACCAGGCUGAUAUAUUGAGGCUAUAUAUAUUUUUGCACGAAUAACAACAAGAAGUUCACUACAGGAUGAGAACACAUUGGCUGAACACGUUAAAUAUGAUUUCUGUGGUAAUCACGAUCAGCGUCACACUACAUUGCACGUCACAGAAUAGGCAGUUCUGAGUUUUUGAUUUCACUUUAUUAACAAGAAAAUAAUAUACGGUAGAUUCAAACCUGCAAAGUCGUGAGUACAGCUUGCUCCUGAAUGUGAAAAAAACCAUCAAUUCACAAAUGUAGAGUUUCAGUCAUAUCAAGGAAAAACAGAAAGAAAGCACUUCACAAAAAAAAAAAAAUUAACUU